UUGGGGAUCUUAUGCUCCUUUUUGAUGAAUAUGGUGCACCUUCAACGGCUGGGGACAUUGCAUAUAUCGAUUAUCUCUUCUUAGGGGAUUAUGUGGACCGGGGCCAACACAGCUUGGAGACCAUUACUCUUCUGCUUGCGUUGAAGGUUGAAUAUCCCAAUAAUGUUCAUUUAAUUCGGGGGAAUCAUGAAGCUGCAGAUAUCAAUGCACUUUCUGGCUUCCGGAUUGAGUGUAUUGAGCGCAUGGGUGAAAGAGAUGGAAUAUGGGCAUGGCAUCGAAUAAACCGUUUAUUCAAUUGGCUUCCUCUGGCAGCUUUAAUUGAAAAGAAAAUCAUCUGUAUGCAUGGUGGAAUUGGUCGAACUAUAAAUCAUGUGGAACAGAUUGAGAGCCAACAGCGUCCAAUUACAAUGGAAGCAGGCUCGAUCGUUCUUAUGGAUUUAUUAUGGUCCGAUCCAACAGAAAAUGAUAUUGUGGAAGGGUUGCGACCAAAUGCUAGAGGUCCAGGUUUGGUUACUUUUGGGCCUGAUCGUGUUAUGGAACUCUGCGAUAACAAUGAUCUCCAGUUGAUUGUUCGUGCUCACGAGUUUGUUAUGGAUGACUUUGAGCGUUUUGCACAGGGACAAUUAAUCACCCUUUUCUCUGCUACCAAUUAUUGUGGUACUGCUAAUAAUCCUGGACCAAUCUUAGUUUUGGGAAGAGAUCUAGUGGUAUUUCCAAAACUCAUUCAUCCUUUACCCCCAGCAAUGUCACCUGAAGCAUCACCGGAAGGUCAAACAGAAGAGCUGAAUGCUAACAGACCUCCGACACCAACCAGAGAUUGUCCUCAAGUAGCAAAUGCAAAUGACCGAGGCUCACUUGCUUGGAUACAGUAG